AUGCCGGUGAUGAAGAAACCCGCCGCCAAAAGACCCGCCGCAUGCACGGAAAUCGAGGAAGAACAGGAAAUGGAGGAGGAAGAUGAAAAGGAGCCAUGUGACAAUGAAGAGGAAGACCCUGAAGAGGAGCAGGAGGAUGCAAAGGAGAAGGAAGGAAAAAAGAAAAAGAAGAACCCCAAGCUUAGCAAAGAGGCUUUGGAGAACCACCAGAAGUUUAUGAAGGAAUGUGGGAAGAAGGAUAUGACCGUUGAGCAAGUCGACGAAGCAAUGAAGAAUGCCAGCAACAAGACACAAAUGAGUUUGUGGAAGGCCUUCGAGACCAGUAGGAUUGCAGAAGGCCACCAGGAUGAGUUCCUCAAAGCCUCUGGAUCGGUGGGCUCCACGAAGAAGAAAAGGAAGAUGCUCAGCUCGUGGAUAUUGGACGGGGGGAAGUUCACGAAGCACUACAAGCAAGCAAUUCAGAACUAUGCUACCGGAGCACCUAGGAUGCUGAGGGCCAAGCAGCAAGUAAAGUGGAUUUGGCUUUCAAGGACGGAAGCGGAACGCCGCAUAGGCGCUGAGGAACUCAAGGAUCGUGUGCAGAGAAAGACGAUUGUGUGGCGCCGCAAUCCAGAAGACCAGAAAUAUUUCCAAUUCAGGUUUGCGAAAGAGUCCGACGAAGUCUGGACGGAGAAGUCGCAGCAGAGGAGAGGAUUCUCCGAGGCAGGGGCAACUAAGGAGGACAUGCUCGAAUGGAAAAGGGGAAUGAAAGAGGGGCCGGUCAUGGUGGAUGACUUCGACUUCGAAGAGGGGUCAGGCGACGAGGUCGACCCGGACGAGGACCCCCUGGGGUUGGCUACCACCAAGGGUAGGGGGAGGAAGGAGAAGGAGGAGGGAGGAAAAGAAGAAAAAAGAAACAAGUGGGAGAAUGAAAGCCAGGCCAGCCGGUGUAAGCUAGCAGCUAGCACAUGUUGCUGGGUUGGUAAGCCCUUAGCUGGGUUGGUAAGCCCUUGGCAUCAAAUCCAAACCCCAGAUGCUAAACUAAACCGUUUACCCGAACUCUAG